GUCCUGAAUAAAUUCGUCGGCUUUGACCUUCUGCUUUCUGACCAUCAUUACAUCCCCCUCCAUACUCUACCCAAAAUGUGUCCCACAGUCGACGACAGCGCUCCUCCCGCAAACGGUGUUCAGGUUGAUGACUCGCCCAAUGGCUUCACCAAAUUCGAGACGGACCUUGAGAAGAAGGCCAAGCCGCAUACCGUCAACAAGAACCCCUACCAACCCGUAGGCGACUUCCUGUCGAACGUAUCAAACUUCAAGAUUAUCGAGUCGACGCUGCGUGAGGGCGAGCAGUUUGCCAAUGCCUACUUUGACACCGAGACCAAGAUCAAGAUCGCCAAGGCACUGGAUGAGUUCGGUGUUGACUGCAUUGAGCUCACCUCACCGUGCGCCUCCGAGCAGUCGCGUCUCGACUGCGAGGCCAUCUGCAAGCUGGGUCUCAAGGCCAAGAUCUUGACUCACGUCCGCUGCCACAUGGACGACGUCAAGGUCGCUGUUGAGACUGGUGUUGACGGUGUCGAUGUCGUCAUUGGCACCUCCUCCUUCCUGAGAGAGCACUCUCACGGCAAGGACAUGACCUACAUCAAGAACGCUGCCAUCGAGGUUAUCCAGUUCGUCAAGUCCAAGGGUCUUGAGAUUAGAUUCUCGUCAGAGGACUCUUUCAGAUCCGACUUGGUCGAUCUUCUCUCGCUGUACGCCGCCGUCGACAAGGUCGGCGUCAACAGAGUCGGUAUCGCUGACACCGUCGGCUGUGCUUCCCCCAGACAGGUCUACGACCUUGUCAGAACUCUCCGUGGUGUUGUCAGCUGCGAUAUCGAGUGCCAUUUCCACAACGACUCUGGCUGUGCCAUUGCCAACGCAUACUGUGCCCUCGAGGCCGGUGCCACUCACAUCGACACCUCAGUCAUCGGUAUCGGUGAGCGCAACGGCAUCACCCCUCUCGGUGGUCUCAUGGCCCGCAUGAUUGUCGCCGACCGCGACUACGUCAAGGGCAAGUACGAUCUUCACAAGCUCAAGUCGAUUGAGGAUUUGGUCGCCGACUCGGUCGAGAUCAACAUUCCUUUCAACAACUACAUUACCGGUUUCUCCGCCUUCACCCACAAGGCUGGUAUCCACGCCAAGGCCAUCCUUGCCAACCCUUCUACAUACGAGAUCAUUGACCCCGCCGACUUCGGCAUGAAGCGCUACGUCCACUUCGCCUCCCGCCUGACCGGCUGGAACGCCAUCAAGUCCCGCGUCGAGCAACUCUCCCUUACAAUGACAGACGCCCAAGUCAAGCUCUGCACAGCCAAGAUCAAGGCCCUCGCCGACGUCCGCCCCAUCGCAAUCGACGACGCCGACUCCAUCAUCCGUACCUUCUACUCCAACCUGCACAAGGAGACCGAAGAGCCCCUCCUGCCCAACAUGACCGAAGAGGAAAAGAAGAAGUUUGAGCAGAAGCAAAGGGAACUCAACGGCGUGGCUGAGAAGCGCGAGCUUGAGGAUCAGGUCGAUGCAGAGGCCGAGGUCCCUCAGGCCAAGAAGACCAAGACUGAGGCUGGCGCAUAAGAUGUUUCUUCUUUGCAUCCAUAUCCACAUCUGCCUAGUCUUUUUGAUCGUUUGAUCUGACUCGCUGUCUCUCUCUUUUUGGAUUACCCCCUUGCAACUCUGGACUUCUAUGGUCUGGAAGCAAAAGGAGACGAAAAAAGGCGUUUGCUUGACGUUUCAUUCCUGUCAUACAUCAAAGUUCUUUUUCUAUUACGAAGGUCAUGGGACAUCAAAGGGGGAGUUUUUGUUUUUCUCUGUCAUCUUGCGUUUUCCUUCAAGUCUAUAUCAUGCCCCCAGCUUGUACUCCUUUUUUCUUUUCUUUUGCUUGCAUCUAGAUUAUAUGCCCUCUCACCG